AUGGUCCGGACGGUGGCGGCGUCGCAGAGUGAAGACCCUCCGCCGUUUCUCCCCAUGGUUCUUCCCGAGCCUCUGGGUCCGUUCCACGUGUCGUACGGGGACUUCGAGUUGCGCCGAAGCAAAGCGCCGGCCGAGUCGAGCGCAGGGAAUUACGAACGCGGUCACGGGAAUCACGUGCACCCGCCGCUGUUCCGCGUGUACUACCCUACGGAUGGCAACGCUGAAGAGAGGCGGGAGGUGGAGCGCAGUGCAUGGCUGCCGCACGUGGCGUACCUGUACGGCUACAUCUGCGCCAUGGUUCCGCCCUUCUCCUUCUUCGCCUCCAUCCUCACCUGGCUGCUCUCCCGCAUCACGUACCUGCUAAUCAAGCCAUACGCCGCCAUCCGCUGUCUCCCCGCGCGCCCGCUCAUCUCCCCCGCCUCCCUGCUGCGCCACCUCACUCACCCCCGCGCCGACGCCACCAGCAGUGGGGAAGAGAAGGGGAAUCCCGAGGGGCGCCUGCCGGUGGUGCUGUUCAGCCACGGGCUGUGGUCCAUGCGCUCCACGUACACACAGUUCUGCUUCGACCUCGCCUCGCAUGGCUAUGUGGUGGUGGCGCCAGAGUACACAGACGGCACAGCAUGCAUGGCAGCAGAGACGGACGGGGAAGAGGAGGAGGAAGGGGGGCGGGGAGGAGGGAGGGGAGGGAGGGUGAAGUGGAUCCCCCACGAGCGCAUGGACGUGGACUUCUUUGAAGUGCCCAUGGAAGUGCGACACCGGCAGCUGCAGCAGCGCAUGGCAGCACUGCGGUCCAUCCUAGCGCUCCUACACCAGUUCAACAACGGGCAGAUACCAGACUCCCGCAACGCCAUCACCGGCGCCGCUCGACUGCUCCCCUCGUCGCUCGGGGGUCGUCUCGACCUCUCGCACAUAGCCCUCGCAGGCCACUCCUUCGGUGGCGCCACCGCGGCUUUCCUGGCUGGGGUGGCCGAGCAGCCAAUCAACGGCUUCCACCUGUCGCUGUCGCCAGCUGUGCAUGGUGGUGGCAGCGAGGGGGAUGGGGAUGGGAGCGAGGGCCCCUUGGUGUCACGGGUGUCAUCUGUGGUGGUGCUUGACACGUGGUGGCGCCCGUUGCCCGAGGAGGCGAUAGCGCUGGCAGGGGGCAAGGCGGCGCUGCUGUGCAUCGACACAGAGGGGCUGAACGCGGCUCGCAAUGUGGUGGCGAGGAAGCGGUUCCUCAAACAGCGCCUGCUGUCCUGGCACGACCGCUGGCUGCAGAUUUUGAAAGCGCAGGAGAAGGGAGGGGCGGAGAAGGGGGGGUCAGCGCACCAGGACCCCUCCGACCUCGCUCUGGUGGCACCUGCCAUGAUGAAGCGCGCCAAGAUGGCGGGGACAAUCCCACCGCCCAUCUUCCAUCGCAUCAACAGUGGUGCCGCUCUGCGCUUUCUGCACCAGAACUUCCCACUCGCAAAGAAAUAUGGGUUACCUGUGCCGCCAGCACUGGCAGAGGAUGCAGUGCACAUACAGCAUGUGGACGUGCGAGAGUACGUCAAGGAUCUCGACCAGAUCGCUGUCCCCCACUGA